AUGCAGAAUGAAGUCCCAGUUUUUGAAGAGGUGGCAGUCACCGACCUGCUCCUUCACCUUGAUGUUCACAAGUCCAUGGGGCUGGAUGAGAUCCAUCCAAGGAUACUGAGGGAACUGGCAGAGGAGCUCACCAAGGCACUCUCCAUCAUUCUUCAGCCAUCAUGGUCAACUGGGGAGGUCCCAGAUAACUGGAAACUAGCAAAUGUGACACCCCUCUACAAGAAGGGUUGGAAGGAGGAUCCGGGGAACUACAGGCUUGUCAGCCUGACCUCAGUGCCGGGAAAGGUUAUGGAGCAUAUCAUCUUGAAUGUCAUUACGUGGCGCAUCCAGCUGAACAUGAGCCGGCAGUGUGCUCAGGCGGCCAAGAAGGCCAAUGGCAUCCUGGCUUGUAGCAGGAAUAGCAUGGCCAGCGGGAGUAAGGAGGUGAUUGUGCCCCUGUACUCGGCUCUGGCCAUGGCUCUGGUGACAUGGUUCACCUUGAUUGUGAUGGGCAUCAUGCACGUGCCACUGCAGGUCGGGCAUGGUCCGGACGUGGCCAGGUGCCAGCGCGAGCAAGAGCGUCUGGAGCUGCUGCUCCAGGAUAUGGCUCGGCUGCUUGAAGAGAUGCAGGAGUCGAGCUGGGUGACCAGGGGAGCCCUGCUCCUUGCUUCCUUGCAGCAGUGGCAGUUCUGGGCCUUUGCUGGAGGCCUGCUCCUGCUCUUUUGGCUCUGCUGGCGGCCCUGGAAGAGGAGCCGUGAGCCAGGAAGCAGCAGCAAGCAUGGCAGCUCCACAAGCCUUGAGGAGGAGGAGGAGGAGGAGGAAGAAGAGGGGGACGACCCAUUGCACAUGGACAGGUUUCUGCAUGAGUGCACAUCGUGGCCACUGCGGAAGAGGCAACGAGAGUGCACGAUGGUGGAAGAGCUGGUGAACAACCUUCUCCGGGUCUGCCGAAUCCUGUGCGGCAAUGGCUUCACGCCACGACUGCAGCCAGCUGUCGGGGUGGGUGGCUUCCUGAAAGGCUGGAAUGGUCGUGAAGAAGACCUUGUCUAUCGCCUGCUUGUGCCCCUGAAGCCACCCGCUGGGCACUCCUUCCACCUCGAGCUGGGCACCGAAGGGGACAUGCUGCUCAGGAACUCCUGCCUGCGUGUGGAACUGGAGUGCAUGUGCACCAGGGAGCGGCAGCUGGGGGACAUGCUCUGCUUCCUCCAUCACCCUGAGGAUGAGCUGAUGAGCAGUCAGGAAGCCAGCCUCCUGCAGACCCUCUGCAGCGGCUCGUACCUCGACGUGCAGAAAACCGCCUUCUGGCUGCAGGGGCUGAUGAAAGCAGCCUCCAUUCUUGCGCCUCCAGCCACCAAGUGCAAGCUAAAAGUGCUGCCCUCCACGCGCUUCUGCAAGCUGCAGCUGAGAGAUGUCUUCAAGAGGCCCCUCUUUGUGGAGCUGAUCCUGGCGGUGCAGCAAGGCAACUCGGACACAUUUGUGAGCAUGGAGUAG